AUGACAACAGAGGAAUGUCUCUCUGUCUUCCAUUCUUUCUCUGUCCAGAUUCAGUGUGUUGUAGUUCUCCUCCUGCCCUGGCUGGGGCAGUGUCACCUUCAGUAUCCUACUGACUGUGCAGACCUGCUCUCAAGUGGCAGCAGAGUCAGUGGGGUUUACACCAUCUAUCCUGAUGGCGUUAGCUCUGCUGUUCAGGUUUACUGUGAUAUGGGCUGUCAGGACACCAAGGAGGAGGGAGGAUGGACUGUGUUUCAGAGGAGAGUGGAUGGCACAGUGAACUUCAUCAGGCCCUGGAACCAGUACAAGGACGGGUUUGGGAACGCCUCUAGCGAGUACUGGCUGGGAUUAGAGUCACUACACCAGCUCACCACCAACAGGAAGUACGAGCUGAGAGUGGACAUGGAGGACUUUGAGGACAACAGGGUUUUUGCCAGGUACUCCUCCUUCGCUGUCGGAUCAGAGAAAGAGGGGUACAAGCUGACUGUCGGUGGCUUCACCAACGAAGGCACUGGAGACUCUUUGGCUCGCCACAAUGGGAAAAAGUUCAGCACGUUUGACAAGGACCAAGACAGCCAUCAUACAAAUUGCGCCGACAUUUAUUUUGGGGGCUACUGGUAUGACAGAUGCCAUGUUUCCAAUCCCAAUGGCCUUUACUUGUGGGGCCCUACAAGCCACCAUGCUGUUGGUGUGUGUUGGAAGGCCUUCAAAGGAUACGAUUAUUCACUGAGAUCCAUCACUAUGAAGAUUAGACCUGUGGCUUAGGCAGCUGUUGAAGAGUCUGUGUGUUAGAAGGGAUGCAUUCUGAAGAAGUGCACAUAUUAUUAACUCUCUCUCUCUCUUCCAUCUUUCGGGUGUUUAUGAAGCGUGAAGUGGGUCAUA